GUUCCGCCAUUUUAAACAGGAACCAAAGUGGUAAACGUGAGUUAAUUUCAAGGCAGAAUCUAAACACCUUUCUGACUAAUUCACUACGUUUUAAGGAUUUUAAUCACUCGAUCAACUUAACGGAAGACAUGUCAAAUUUACAAAAGCUAGCAUUCGCUAUUAUUGAGCACCUUUCGUCGGAGUUGAAGUCUGGUGCCAUAACAGGCGACUCAGCGGAGAGUUUAGAAGUUUCAAUCCAGUGUUUAGAAGCAGUCUAUGGUAUAAACAGAAAUGAUCCAUCACAAACAGCAGCAUUGAAGAGUGACAAACCUCUAGCAGAAAUAUUCAAAAAUGCGACUCAGACCAAGGGUGGAACAACAGCUGCUCAGCCUACAAGAGAAGACAGAGAAAAAGCAGAACAACUGAAAACAGAAGGAAAUCAGUUGAUGAAAGAAGAAAAGUACCAAGAAGCUAUCCGCUGUUACACCAAAGCUAUUGAAUUGGAUAGUUCUAAUGCUGUGUUUCCAUGUAACAGAGCUGCAGCUUAUGGCAAGAUUGGUGAACACCAAAAAGCAAUAGAAGACUGUCAGAAAGCUCUAAGUUUGGACCCAAACUAUGGAAAGGCAUAUGGACGAAUGGGGUUAUCAUACCACAAUCAGAACAAUUUCCAAAAAGCAAAGGAAAGUUAUUCUAAGGCAUUAGAGUUAGAACCUGGCAGUACAUUUUACCAAACCAGUUUAGCACAGGUGGAGGAAAAACUAAACGAAUCCCAAAGAGGAACUGGUAAUGCAAGGCCUGCCGCUGGAGGUUUACCUGGUUUAGGAGGACUUGAUUUGGGUUCCCUGUUAACAAAUCCUGCAAUUAUGGAUAUGGUAUAUUCAAGUUUUUUUAAGAAUUGUUCUUUGUAUUUUAUUAGGAUGACAAAUAUGAUGCAAGGUGGUGCAGGCAGUGCUGGUGGCGCAGCAGGAAUUUUUCAGGCUGCCCAACAGUUUGGAGAACGGAUGCAAGAAUCUGACCCAGAGUUGUUUGAGCAGUUAAGGGGGCAGGCUCAGGCUGCCGUCAAUGAACACAGAGGUCCGAAUCCACCAAGAGAUGGGCAAGAUCCAAAUCCAGAUGAAGAAGACUCUAGCACACAAUGAGUGAUUACUGGAUAUGCAAAUUGCAAGGGAAAAGCUUAAAGAUAAAUUUCAUGACAUCCAUGGAUGAAUAAACAUAAGACCUAUGGCCUCUAGAGAAAGAAAAAGUGUCUAGAUCAAUGCAAUUAAUCAAGUACUUCUUUUUACGACCUAAGGCACAUUGUUCAGUUUUCUGUUUUGUUUUGUUUUGUUUUGUUUUCAUGGGGAACAUCUAUAAAUAUUUAAAAAUAAUAUUCUGAUGUUGUGCAGGAAUUAAUUUCAGUUAUAAAAAUUUUAUUAAUUUUCACUAAUGAUCACAAAUGGUAUCAUGAUAACACUGAGUUGUUACCUAAAACUUUCCAAAGUGAAUAUUCUAAGCCACAGUAAAGGUAGGGUGUGAAUUUUACAGAAGUAAGGAGCCUGGGUGGCUUUGUCAUUUUAGACUAGGUUUCCCUGAGAAAGUGUGACUUUUUGGAUAGUCUGCCCACUCCAAUGAGUCUUGCUUUUUUGCUGGGUUCUUUUAAUUUUACUUUCUGAUUAAAAUGUAAACGUUUUUCCUAACUUUAAAGUUAGUUAAAGUAAAGAUAUACAUUAGAAGUCUAUCAUUUUAAUUGUAUUGCAUUCUUUGUGUGUAAUUUUUUAUUUAGAAAAUAUUUUAGGCAACACCUUGUAAUACCUAUGGUGACAUGUCAAAUGUUUGGAUGAUUCUUCUACCUUUGAGAUUAUGUGACAGGUCUGUUGACUGUCAUGUCACACAACCCCAAAGAUUGUGUGACACAUCCUUUUGAUUGUUGUACAAUUCUGCGAUAGGUCACAAAUCCAUUCUUUGUUAUGCUUGUGCUAAGGAAUGACUUGAUUUCUCAUACGAUUCAUUAAUCAGAGUAUCGAACAUCGCAUGGCUGGUCAAUUAAAAGAACAUUAAUUUACACAUAGAUGUAAAAUUUCCAAGCUUGUUUGCUCUUUGUUGACACUGACUCCAGUUUGAUAAAAUGUUAAUUUUUUUUUCUUUAGGUCGUUCUUGAAAAUAGAUUUUUCUAAGAGACGAGAAAGGUUA